AUGGAUAGGAUUACUGAGCGAAUACACAUUACUUGGAAGGCUCCUGAUGAAGGAUGGAUAAAAAUAAAUUCUGGGACUUCAAGAGAUGCUGCCGCCGUCGCUUCAUUCUCCGGCAACUCUCCGUCGGCGGUGACAAUUGCUGAAACCAUUACCAUACAUACCAUGCAGGAGACGCUCCUCACUCUCUCACACCAAGACAUUCACAUUAACCCCAACGCAGCAAAGAAGAAAAAAUCCCAACAACAAUCUAAGCUAGGUACCGACCACCUCGUGGUCCCGUCUCCGUGUCUGGCGGCCGGCGGAAGGACCAGAACGCGGCGAGUCAGUCCCGCCGUCUCUCCUCCCUCCUCCGGCGCCGGCGACCUCACCUCCUCCGCCGCCGAGAAAGCACUCCCGAACGGCGACAUCUACACCGGAACCCUGUCGGGAAACGCGCCGCACGGCACCGGAAAAUACCUGUGGUCCGAUGGGUGCAUGUACGAAGGAGAGUGGAGGAAAGGGAAGGCGUGUGGAAAAGGGAGGUUCUCGUGGCCCUCCGGAGCCACCUACGAGGGGGAGUUCAAGUCGGGUCGGAUGGACGGGUCCGGGUCAUUCAUCGGAGUCGACGGCGACACGUACCGAGGGUCGUGGGUCGCUGAUCGGAAGCAUGGGUUCGGGGAGAAGUGUUACGCUAAUGGGGACGUGUAUGAGGGAUGGUGGAGGUGCAACUUGCAGGACGGUGAAGGAAGGUACGUGUGGAAGAAUGGGAAUGAGUACGUUGGGGAGUGGAAGAAUGGUGCUAUUUCAGGGAAAGGGGUUUUGGUUUGGGCAAAUGGGAACCGUUAUGAAGGUUAUUGGGAGAAUGGGGUGCCAAUGGGGAAGGGAAUGUUCACUUGGGGUGAUGGAAGCAAGUGUGCUGGGAAUUGGGGGAAUGAGGAGGAGAAGGAGAAGGAGAAGGAAUAUCAGAUUAUGAUGAUGGGGCCAAGGAAGAGAUCUUCUGUGGAUGGUUCUAAGAGUGUGAGUUUUCCCAGGAUUUGCAUUUGGGAACUGGAUGGAGAAGCUGGGGAUAUUACCUGUGACAUUGUUGACAAUGUUGAGGCUUCUAUGUUUUACAGGGAUGGUAGUGAAUCGGAAAAUGGUGGUGAAGGUGGUUGUGGGGUGUUGCAUAAUAAGAGUCCCUGUUUGUCUGUUGAUGGUGAGGUCAAGAAGCCUGGUCAAACUGUGUUCAAGGGCCAUAAGAACUACGAUCUCAUGAUUAGUCUUCAACUGGGUAUCAGAUACACUGUUGGGAAGUAUGCUUCGAUUGUGCGAGAGCUUGGGCCGGGUGAUUUCGAUCCUAAGGAGAAGUUCUGGACAAGAUUCCCACCGGAAGGGUCUAAGUUUACACCUCCGCAUCAGUCAGUGGACUUCAGGUGGAAAGACUAUUGUCCCAUGGUGUUCAGACAUCUAAGGGAAUUAUUUGCCAUAGAUCCCGCGAAUUACAUGCUUGCUAUUUGUGGAAGUGAUACACUUAGAGAGAUGUCUUCUCCUGGCAAGAGUGGAAGCAUCUUUUACCUCACUCACGAUGACCGGUUCAUAAUCAAGACGGUGAAGAAGUCUGAAGUCAAGGUGCUUAUCAGGAUGCUUCAAAGUUACUUCCAACAUGUUAGUCAGUACAAGAACUCCUUGGUAACAGCAUUCCUGGGCGUUCAUUGUGUCAAACCUGUUGGAGGGCAAAAGAUCAGGUUCAUUGUAAUGGGCAAUGUAUUUUGUUCGGAGUAUCGGAUCCAUAAGAGGUUUGACCUCAAAGGUUCUUCUCAUGGUCGAACAACAGAUAAACCCCGGGAAGAGAUUGAUGAGACUACCACUCUCAAAGACCUUGAUCUUAAUUUUGCCUUCCGCCUGGAACAUUCUUGGUUUCAAGAGCUUAAAUGGCAACUUGAUAGAGACUGUGAGUUCCUGGAAGCAGAGGGAAUUAUGGAUUACAGUCUUCUUAUCGGCCUUCAUUUUCGUGAUGAUUACUCAUUUGAUGAAAUAAAACGUUCACCAUGUGAUUUGCAUUCAGAUUUACCAGGCGAGAGAGACAUGCAUAAUGAUGAGAUGCACACGUGCCGGGGACCUCUAAUCCGGCUUGGAAUGAACAUGCCUGCCAGAGCUGAGAGAGUGUGUAAGGCUGGUUUGGAUCAGCAGAUGGGUAGUGGAAGUAGCAACUCUACACCUUCAGAGAAUAGUGGUGAGAUCUCUGAUGUAAUCCUCUACUUUGGUAUCAUUGACAUUCUCCAAGACUACGAUAUUAGCAAAAAGCUAGAACAUGCAUACAAGUCACUGCAAGUGGAUCCCUCAUCCAUCUCAGCCGUUGAUCCCAAACUAUACUCCAAAAGGUUUAGGGAUUUCAUACAGAGAAUCUUUGUGGUGGACAAAUGAUAUUGCUUGGAGACACAAGACUAUUGGAAGUGAACCGGGACCAAC